AAUGACCGCUCCUGGCGGCGACACCACUAUGACUUUGCAAGCCGUGGUCUAUAAAAUGGCUAAAGACGGCAUGAUCCACCAGAAAUACCACACGCUUUGCCAGUACCACGCCAAGAACAUCGAAAAACUGUUGAAUCAGAACUGAGAGGUUAAUAGAGUUCGUCGUGGGGGUUUCAGGUAGUUGUACUACUGCGCUGCUUUUACUUUUAGUUUUUUUUGAAAUAGAGUUCUCCCAACAACGACCUCUUGCCAGACACAUCAAUCAAUCAAUCUUCCUUGACGAGCAGGAGUAUCUCAUCAUUAUUUCAGAUCUGCUCAAUGGAAAGAACAUUUGCUUUACUAAUUUUUCACGGUCGUCAAUAUUACUUUGGAUUCACUUGCUGUAUAAUCAUUACAUUCUCCUGCAAGCGCUACGGAGAAAAAAGAGCAGCACCAUGUGAGUCUUCUCUUCCUUUUGGACUCUACAAAGAAACAAAGCUCUUAUCGUUAUGAAACUCAAUCGAGUCUGUCGCUGUCCAGACUCUGGAUAAACUCUGGAUUAGCGUUGAUAAAACUACAGGACAACCUUUUUCUUCACUUGUUUUUUAAGCACACAUUUACAUACUUUCUUAUAAAGUUGCAGGCCGCAUAGCCUCAUGAUGAGAGAAUCCUGCAUCAGAAAUGAACAAGAUUCUAUAUCCAAGAUAACACCAUCUCAUUCGAAGAGAAUAAAAGUGCACUACUAACUAGCAUAAACACUGUAAAUCCUCAGUAAUAGAUGCAUAGAAGAUGAAGUUGCACAGUCACAGAGGACAAUACCAUGAAAUGUAUGUCAUUGAAUUAAGGUACUUAAGAAAAUCCCGGGUUUUCUGUUUCCCUUAUGGUUGCAAUUUUCAUGCAUUCCUUCUAUAUAGUCAUCUAUGUGCACCAAAGAACAGCUUGUUGAAUUGAAAAAGUAGUAGAGACACGUCAGCGUUAAAAAAAUGUUGAUGAAAGUACAACAGGUUUCGAAGAAAAACCAAAAUUCUAUGAUACUC